UUUAUUAUUCCAAAACCUGUUAAAGAGAUAAGUAGAGACAUUCCACACGAUUUCUUGACCUAUUUAAAGAAAUUUUUUUCAAGUGUUUCCCAUAAUAACCGAAAUGAUCAAGUUAAUCCUGAUUAUUGUUGUUGCUCUGGCUGCUAUUCAGCAUGUAGAUAGUAUUGUGUGUCUACCAGAUACUUGUGACAAUGUUAGAUGUGACAACCCUACUCCUGAAACUUGCUGUGGACCAAACAAAGAAAUUAGAAACGGUUUUUGCGGGUGCUGCAAAAUUUGUUUCACCUAUCUAGAUGAAGGAGAGGGAUUUUGUCCACCUAUUGUCCGUGGAGGUCCACCACCAACUGCGGGAUGUAAAAAAGGGUUGAAGUGCAAAGGAGGAAUAUGUUCCAAAGUCUAAUUCUCCCUAUUUUUAACAUACAAAAUUCUAAUUAUGGUUUCAUUUGAAAUCAUUAAUGAAAUUUAUACAUUUUCAUAGGCCCUCUUUCGAACUGUAACGUAUUGAGAAAUGGAAUUAUGAAUUUCUGAGAAUACUUUCCAUCUCUAAAUAAAAUAAAAACAAUACCUGAUG